AUGUCCCAGACCAAAGCGCUGAAGGUCCGCGUGACCCUCGUCUGCAUCCUGGUGGGCAUCGUGCUGGCCACGGUGGCCGCCGUGACAGACCACUGGGCCGUGCUGAGCCCCCGGGUGGAACAGCGGAACACCACCUGCCAGGUGGCCCACUUCGGCCUCUGGCGGCUUUGCAUCAAGCGCAUUGCUAUGACCGACGGCAGGGACAAGCACUGCGGACCCAUCUCCCUGCCUGGGGGUAACAGAGAAACACAGUUCCGACAUUUUCGGCCCCGGGAGGAGGCUGAGCUGUGGGACCUGGGCGCAUGUGUUGCAGACUACAGCAUCUCGGCGGCCGCCAUCACCAUCUUCAGCCUGGUCUUCAUGAUCCUGGGAACCAUCUGCGCGCUCCUAUCCUUCAGGAAGAAGCGGGAUUACCUGCUGCGGCCGGCGGCCAUGUUCUACGCCUUUGCAGGUCUCUGCGUCUUCGUCUCGGUGGAGGUGAUGCGGCAGUCGGUGACGCGCAUGAUCGCCAGCGAGGACACCGUGUGGAUGGAGCACUACUACGCCUGGUCCUUCGCGUGCGCCUGCGCCGCCUUCGUCCUGCUCUUCCUGGGUGGCCUGGUGCUUCUGCUCUGCUCCCUGCCCCGACUGCCCCGGAACCCCUGGGAGUCCUGCAUGGACGCGGAGCAUGAGCACUAGGCCUGCUGCGCGCAGCCACCGCCCCUC